GCUCGCUGGCGCUCUGCUGUGUGUGUGUCAUGGCGGAUCGAGGACCGACUGAGUGGUUGAAAUUGCGAAUACCGACAGCUUGGAAGCGAAGAGAUCGCAUCCGCCAAGGUUUGUGCUCUCAACUGCAACGACCGCAGCGGCUCCUUUCUCCCUCACCAUGAGACACUUUUGACCCCCAAUACACCCCGUCACGACGUGGCAGUAGCCAGAACAGGCUGUUGCAGAAUGCUGAGAGUCGCCAGAACCUGGUCCUGGUGAUGAAAACGCGAUACGGAGUCCGUUCCGAAGGGAACCAACACGGCCCAAGACCGGCUCAGCAAGACAGGACGGCGUCCGCGCAAAGGUGGAUCCGGAGUGGUGACGUCCGAGAGAUAUACACUCAGUGCUUCAGCAACAACUCAGCUCGACUGGGAAUCAAGGGCACUUCAGAUUAAGCACAGGGUCUUGGACUGCCUGCCAAAUGCCUGGCUUGCGUGGCCAAUACACAACAGCGAUGGCGGCACACACCCGACCUCAUCCACCGACGUUAGAUGGCCUGCCCAACGAACUCAAGCUGCUGGUCUUUCUGCAUACCCCAAUCAAAGGACUACUCAACUGCCGCGCGACCAAUCGCAAUAUCAGAGCUUUCUUGGAUGACCCGAAGAAUCGCGAGAGACUCGCCCGCCACCGUAUAUCAGCAAGGCUGGGAGAGUUUGAUCGUACUUGCGAUGAAGUGAUUAGAGCCGUAUCAGAGCUACCCUUCAUCGACGCAUUGAAGGUUUUUCUGGACCACCGAGGCAUUCAACAAGCUGAAGAAGAUCGACAGGACGAUGCGCACGCGUUCGCAGCUCGACGCCUGGCGCACAUAGGCAACACGGACGAAGACGAUCUUGACGACAUGACCAGCCUAGUGCGACAAUUCAUAUAUCUUCAUCUUAGGAACAACGAGCCUCACUUGCUUGGUGGCAUCGGUCGGAUCGAAGUAAACAUGGUCGACUUUAUGGCUUUGGCGGAGGCAAGGGGCCGCAGACUAGGGUUCAGCUUAGCUGAGAUACGGGGCAUGGUAGACAAAAUUGUCAGGACAUCAGGAGGGUUCAUCCAAGGGAGAACAAAUCGCAAAAGCCGCAGUCUCGAUGGCGGGUUCCCUCGUAUACCGUUAACGCCUCUGCAUUGCACUGGGAGAACAAGGAUUCGGCAGGUGCGAUUCCAGGGCUUCUGUACUGUGCUGGAGAUGGUGCAGCUGCUUGACGUGCCACACAUUGGAGAUGGCGGUGAUUUCAGCUAUUAUACGGAAUCUACAUGGUCGUACCACAUGUUGCAACAGAGUCUUUAUGGACGGCAGCUCAAUCUGUUUGAAAAGGCAGCAUUAUUAGAGGAGAUUGGCAUUUAUUGAGCAUAUUAGAUCGCAUCAUAUGGAGAGAAAGCAGGGCCCAGGCGCAUCCGCGGGAGCUUCGAAACUUUAUUGUCGUCUCCAACCAGUGCAACCACUACGCCCAAAUGAACCGCGCCACCAAACCAGAAACCUGGGGCUGAGACCUCAUCUCAGCUCGCAUCACAUCUUAUCUCGCUGGAGUCACGUCCCAUCCCAUUCGAUCAAGAAGUCCACGUCUCUG